CAAUGCAAACUUUGACCUCACACUACUUGCUCAAAUCGUCUUCUGUAAAAGGGUAGAUCACUAGAUUGUCGACCGCACACUCCAAGAGAAAAUCCUGUCCGUCAAAGCACCAAAGGGAAAACAAACUGUACGACUGGAGUGCGGCCGUCUAGCUUGAGCACGCAGCUCUCAGCAACCUCGCUUGGCGAUGCCAAUGCUUUGUAAGGUUUGUUUGGGCUACUCGCGAUGGUGCCGAUUGGUACUGCCGCAUCCUCAGUUUUCGACAAAUAUUUGGGAAGUAAACGGCUGUUGCGGGAUGUCCAAAUCAGCUCCUUCCACUCCAAGUGGCUCGAAGGCCGUACGGGCUUAUACAUUCUCGCCACUCCGAGUUGGAAGCACUGCUGCCCCAGACGACAUUCUGGGGAGGAAAAUAGCUGUAAUGAAAUGGAGGAAAGGCAUAUCACGGCCGCCCUGGCAAAGCCGAAUGUUCGGUUGUUUAUUCACCGCACUUGUAUCUGCUGCAGGCUGCAGAAAUCCAUUAAGCCCUGA